ACCAGACUACAGUGUACAUGACUGAUAGAAUCUGAGAAUCUGACUGAAAUCUGACUAUUGAUUACAAUUUACAUUGAUCUUUACACUAACUUUAAGUUAUUCGUAAGCGAUUAUUAAUUUCUAGUUCCCAUAAAAUAGACGAGUAAAUGUAAAAAUGAGUUUUUCUAUUGACGAAGUUAAUUUUUUAGUUUACCGUUACUUACAAGAAUCGGGUUUUCAUCAUUCUGCGUAUACUUUUGGCAUUGAAUCACACAUUUCUCAAAGUAAUAUUAAUGGUGCUUUAGUACCACCGGCAGCUUUGCUGAAUAUACUUCAGAAAGGUUUGCAAUAUACCGAAGCAGAAAUUACAAUUGGAGAAGAUGGUUCAGAAACACGUCUCACUGAGAGUUUAAGCUUGAUUGAUGCUGUCACACCCGAUAUAGUGGCUGCAAGGCAAAAUGCUCACAAUGCUCAAAAACAGGCUAUUAAGGAAACAGGAUCAGGCAGUGAACAAAAUGGUGUUGAUGCUACAACAUGUAGUGCAGCAUCCACAACUGGUGGAGCUGAAACGCCAAGUGCACCAGAGCCAAUGGAAGGAGACCAAUCCAUUGAUAUUCCCCCAAGCAAAGCCACAGUGCUCAGAGGACAUGAAUCUGAAGUGUUCAUUUGUGCAUGGAAUCCUAGUACUGACCUUUUGGCUAGUGGAUCAGGGGAUAGUACUGCAAGAAUAUGGGAUAUGUCAGACAACCCAACAAGUAUUCCAAAUCAGUUAAUAUUGAGACAUUGUAUUCAAAGAGGUGGAGCUGAAGUACCAAGCAACAAGGAUGUUACUUCUUUAGAUUGGAAUUGUGAUGGUCACCUAUUAGCGACUGGUUCGUAUGAUGGCUAUGCUCGUAUUUGGACAACUGAUGGUAAACUUGCUUCUACUCUAGGUCAGCACAAAGGACCAAUUUUUGCUUUAAAGUGGAACAAAAGAGGAAAUUACAUUUUGAGUGCUGGGGUGGAUAAGACAACUAUUAUUUGGGAUGCAGCUUCAGGACAAUGCACUCAGCAAUUUUCCUUCCACAAAGCACCUGCACUAGAUGUUGAUUGGCAAACAAAUACAUCAUUUGCUUCCUGCUCAACUGAUCAGAGCAUUCAAGUGUGCAAGUUACAUGUUGAUAAACCAAUUAAGAGCUUCUUGGGUCACACAAAUGAAGUUAAUGCUAUAAAGUGGGAUCCUCAAGGACAACUGCUUGCUUCUUGUUCUGAUGAUAUGACUUUGAAAAUUUGGUCUAUGAAACAAGAUACAUGUGUACAUGAUUUACAAGCUCACUCAAAAGAAAUCUAUACAAUAAAAUGGUCACCUACCGGCCCUGGGACACAAAACCCUAACAUGAAUUUAAUUUUGGCUAGUGCAUCAUUUGACUCUACAGUACGUCUUUGGGAUGUUGAAAAAGGUGCAUGUGUGCACACACUCACAAAGCAUACAGAACCAGUAUACAGUGUAGCUUUUUCACCAGAUGGAAAAUUCUUAGCCAGUGGCUCUUUUGAUAAAUGUGUUCAUAUUUGGUCUACGCAAUCAGGAUCCCUUGUACAUUCUUACAAGGGUACUGGUGGUAUAUUUGAAGUGUGCUGGAAUUCUCGUGGUACAAAAGUAGGUGCGAGUGCUAGUGAUGGAAGUGUUUUUGUGUUAGAUUUGCGUAAAUUAUAGUUAAUGCCUUACACUUAAUUGUUUAAAUAAACAAUGGACUAAAAGGAUGAAACAGUAUGUAAUGUUAAGCGCAAUAUAUAAAAAUAAUUUCAGUGUUAUAGUUAUAAUUAUUAUUGUAGAGAUGCUUUUGUAUCUCAUAUUUAAGCUAUUUCAGCCUACAUGAAGUUUGAUAAUUAUAUUGUAAUAUACAUUAGAAUUAAAGAAACUUAGAAAUUCAUAAUAUGUCUUUAGUGACUAUAGUCAAAGUUAAUGAUGCUUUGAAAGUUGGAACUGUUCAAGUAUAAAGUGAGCAAUAAUGAGGUAUUCAUAUUGCUUAUUUUUUUAUCGCCAUUUUUACUAUUACAGGAUAGGAAAAAAGAAAAUGCCUAAAGCUUAAGGCUAAUAAAGUGAUACAGAUAUCUCAGAAUAUUUUUUAAACAGCUCAGUGAUUAAUUGGUUUUGAAAGAGCUCAGCAAAUAACUUUGAGUGCUUGGUUUAGUAAUCAUUUCUGAAGUUUGGUAGAAUGCAUGCAUGUAAAGUUUGUGAUUUUACCUAAUCUUAUCCAUAACUGACCAUUUUGAGAAAUCUAAGAGACAUGAAAAAUUCUUUUUUGUCUCAUUUUUCAGAAAAAUCAUUGCUUUGAUGAUAUAUGGAAGAAUAGUUUUUUAGAUUUUGCUAUAAUUACAUAUUAUCAAAAGGACAAAAAAUGGCAAAGGUACAUACUUUUUUUUAAAUAAAGGAUUACAGAAUACUUGAACAGCUCCCUUAUAAUAUUAGACUUACAGAGACCAGAGGGGCUAGCACGAAAACUAUCGGCAAAGUAUUGGUAUCAUGAUUGUGAGGAUGACGUUAUUAUUAAAUUAAAAAUAUUGUAACUUUAUUUUAUGCACAGGAGGUGCGAUAUUCAAAUUCAAUUCUUUUAUCAUUCAGAAUGCUCUCAAUGAUGAUAAGAAUACUUGAGAAUAGUAUAGUUUUCGAACCGACUGUCCAUUAUUACUUUAUUACAAUAACAAUCAGGUGAAAAUAAGAAAAUUUUUGAUCUUGUUGGUGACCCAUAUUUAUCUCAAUAAAAUAUAUACUAAUUUA